GACCACAAAAACACACUCAGUAAUGGAGUUGGUGUAGAGGCCCCAUCACUGGCCUCCACCGUCCAUUGAAAUCAAAUCAAUGGAAGCAAGGCAGAAAUAGAGAGAGAGAGAGAGAGAAGGGGAGAGGCGACGUUCAUCUCCAUGGCUACUGUUGUAAGUAAGAAAAUAUGUUUCCAAACUAUUGAAAUCCCUUUGUAAAUGAUGACGUGAGGACCUUUGGGCCACCUCUGGAUCUUCCCAAGUCGUCGGGUUAUUUUAGCACUUUUCGAGCUCUGAUUCUUUUAGCACUUCGUUAAAGAAGAAAAAGGGAUUUAUGCAAUUUUCCUCCAACAAUGGUGUUCUGUUGAGCUAUUUUUCUUUACUGGGUUUCUCUUUGAUCUUGCUCUGAUUUGAUUUUGAGAUUCUGCAAUUGGGUUUUCGUUUUUGUGCCCUUUUCUUCUGGUGAAGGGUUUUGGGUUACGUUUUAUAUUGAUAAAUAAAUGGGAAACGUGAAUGGGAGAGAGUAUGAAGACGAUACCCCAUCUGGGUCUGAAGAAGAAGAAGAAGUAGAAGGAGAAGUAGGAGAAGAUGGUGUAAUUGUUCAUGAGGGCGUUGCUGUGGCUGAUGGGGCUCAUAUUGGCUACCACCCGCAAGGUGUUUGUUCAAAGUUAGUGAGCGGCCAGUCCCCUCCUCAUAGCCCCGCGGCCACCCGCUCGCCAUUGAUAUUCACUCCUCAAGUUCCACUCACUCCUCUACGGAAACCGGAUGAAAUGCUCAUUCCCAGCGACUACCGAAUGCCAAAUUCGUUUGGUUAUGAAGGAACGUGCAAUGAACCAAGCGUUCCAACCAUGAUUACAUGGAGUUAUGGUGGCAAAGAAGUUGCUGUUGAGGGAUCAUGGGAUCUUUGGAAAACAAGAAUGCCCUUGCAGAGAUCGGGGAAAGACUUCACUAUAAUGAAAGUGCUUCCUGCUGGGGUUUAUCAAUAUAGGUUUCUAAUAGAUGGACAAUGGAGGUAUGCUCCGGAGUUGCCUUGGGCCCAAGACAACGCUGGCAAUGCUUACAAUGUUUUGGAUUUGCAGGAUAACGUGCCUGAAGAUAUUGAAAGCAUCUCUAGCUUCGAGCCUCCUCAGUCACCGGACUCGAGCUACAACAAUGUGCUGCUUGGAUCCGAUGACUACGCGAAAGAACCGCCUUUGGUUCCCCCACACCUACAGAGGACUCUGCUUAAUUCGCCUUCAUCGUACAUGGAGAUUCCACACGAUUUGUCGAGGCCACAACAUGUCAUAUUGAAUCAUCUUUACAUGCAGAGAGGGAAGAGUGGCCCGUCAAUUGUGGCACUUGGUACUACGCAUCGGUUUCUAGCCAAGUAUGUUACCGUCGUGCUCUACAAGUCUUUUCAGAGGUAAAUUUUUUACCUUUCUUAUGAACCCUGCAACUUUCUAGGCUUUAUAGAUCAGGUUAGCUGAGGAAGAUGUAUAUUGUAUGGUAAACCAAGUUUGUGCUUCAAACCACUGAAACUCACCCUGCCACCUUGGUUAGAUUUGCUCUCCCUUAGUUGACUCACAUUUUGGAGAUAUUUGGUUCACGGUUUUAACCGGUUUGAGUUUUUUAAGCCCGAGAUUCGGAAGCUUCGGUUGUCUUGUGCUUAUGUAACUCGAGAUUUAUGUAGCUCAUGAGAUUAGUAAAUCUAUGGAUCCUCGUAAUAAACAUGGUCUUUGAUUUCUUAAA